CUCAAUAAUGACACCGACGUUGACCCAACAACAAAUUCCCCCCCAAAGUGAAAGCCAGUCGGGGAAAAGCCAGAACUCUCCCCAGCACAGGGAGGAACUGUGCAGUCUAGCAGGUUCAUAGCAGAACUUCUGUUGUUUCUUUUAUUUACCAAGUUUUAUACCUGAAACCUAACAUAAUUGAUGAAGCAUUUGUGUUCCUGGUUGAAGUACUGAUAGUGGCAUAUACAUGUAUGAUAAAGGAGUGGGGAGGGGGAUCUGCUAGAAGCUUAGAACAAUUAAUUAUUUAAGUUGUUCAGUUUGUACUAUUGUCUAAUGUUGGAACAACAAUGGACAGGUAUGUAUUUUUAUCUUGGUUUUUCUGGACCUGUUUUGUUAUGGCCAGUGUUUGGUUGUAGCCUUGUUGAGAAGUUUUGGCUCCCAAGUAAUUUUCCUAUCCUAGGAACUUAAGUAGCCUUUUUGUUGUUUCUACAUUGUAAAAGUUUUGUAAAAAAUUGUAAGGCUAGCUAUUCAUAGAGAAUCAAGCCAACUCCUGCAGAGUCAGUAAUACAUUGUGUAGACACACCAAAACGAUGUAGCUGACUUUGUGGGGGGGAGGCAAAAAUGCACAGUUUCUUAGACAGAAAUAUAUAAACGCCCCCAGAAUAAUACAUCUGUCCUGAAAUGUUAUUUUUCUGCUUCAAUGAAAGGUUAUUCUUCAAGCUAACAAGGACAAAAUGUCUGAAAUCAACAUGACCGGGCUGGCAAACAAACUACAGAACUUGGAGUUGUGCCUUAAGAGUCAACAUGGACAAGAACUCGGGUAUAGUCGGGCUCUGAGAGAAGCCAUUCUUAAAAAGGAUGACUUCAUAGAAGUAGAGGUGCUGAAAAGUCUUGGGGACCUGCGUCUUGAGAAAGCCAGGCUCAGUAAAGAUUCAGCAGAGUUUGACAAGGCUGCUGGCCUGUAUGCUGCUGCCCUGCUGCGCAGCAAAGAUCCAGACUUGGGAGAAACACUGGAACAUCGUAUCCGCUACCUGGAGAAACUCUCCAGACAACUGCUGCAGGGGUACAGUCCACACUUCCGAUGGCUGUCACCAGACUACUGGGGUACUGCUGACAGUAAUGUCUUAAGGAUAUCAGAGAUUUGUGACAAACUGAACAGAAGUAUCAGAAAUUCCUAUGAACAGACUUACACAGAAAUGUUAGUGACUGCAAUUGGGAACAGUGACAUGUUCUUGGAGCUUGAGGUUCUCAAAUCCUUUGGAGAUUUUUACCUCGAGAAAGGCAAGACAACCUCUGAUGUAUCCCUGUUCUCCAAGGCAGCUGCCAUGUACAACAAGGCCCUGACAACAUGUGGGGAUCCUGAGACAAAACUGACUCUGGAACAUCGCAUCAAGUACAUGGAGAAGACCAGAGAAGCCGUGAAAAAGAAACCACCACCAAAGAAACAUAUGAGGCACCAGUCUGGGAACAUCACAAGGACUGACACUCAGGAGGACCAUCAUCUUCCAGAUACAACAAGGCAGUACCAAAACCACCUUAAGGAAGGAGACUCGUCCUUUGUCAGGGCAGACCUGGACUCAGCAGAGCAGCACUUUGCAGCUGCACUCAAGAUGGUACAUGAGAGAGAUCCCACAGCCCAGCAGUACCAGAGAGAGGUGGAGCCCCUGUGCAAGUUGGGGGAUGUCUACAGUAAGCGAGGUCAGCAGACAGGAGAAGGGGGAGACUUUGUCAAAGCAGCAGCACUCUACAAUGCAGCAAUAGCCAGGUCACAGGAUCAAGACCUCAAUGGUAAUCUAGAAACAAAUAUUAGAGAAGUAGACAACUUGUUUCUCAAAUGUAUCUUAGACGUUGAUUGUGUUGCUCAAGAUAACACAGAAAAGCACAUGAAACAGCUGAAGGAGAUGCGGGACCAGAUCAAGCUGGAGAUGGAAACCAUUGACCAGCAGCUGGAUCCUUAUGUACAUGAUGAGGACAACCCAUGUGUCAGAGAGAUAGAGGCAAAACGAGCUCAGGCUGUCAGGCAGUUGUUUCAGAAUAUUGCACAACAAAGGAAGGGGUUCAUCAGCCUGCUUGUAGAAGAGUGUAUUGGGUUAAUGGAUCCCCCUCCCUGUAAGUAUGCCCUGAUAGGUUUGGGUUCACAGGCCACAGGACUGGUAACUCCAUACUCAGACCUGGAGUUUGCCAUCUUGGUAGAAGAAGAAAGUGAAAAAUGCCUUGCGUAUUUCCGCAACCUCACCCACUACCUACACCUUAAGGUGGUCAACCUGGGAGAAACCAUUCUCCCAGCCCUGGGAAUAAAAUAUCUUAAUGACUUCUACUCUGGGAAUCCACUUGACGACUGGUACUAUGACUCUGUUACACCUCGUGGGUUUGCAUUUGAUGGUUCCAUGCCAAAGGCAAGCAAGACUCCACUGGGCAGGCAGGACACUAUGAACAAACCACCCAGUGAACUCAUCUGCACCCCAGAAAACAUGGUUUCAAAACUACAAAAGGAUGUCACACUAUACCUGAAGGAAGGAUAUCACCUUGCCACCAUCUUGAGAAACCCAUGCAUGAUAGCAGGGGACCAGGAUUUGAUUGACACAUACAUGAACAUCACAGGGAAGAUACUGCAAGCUGAUGGGGGUAAAAUGGCCCAACAACUUUCACAAGAGAUACGGAAGGAAAAUAUGGAAAGGUUCAACAAUCAGGACACAAUAAUACCCGCAAGGCUGAUUGAUGUAAAGAAAGAAAUCUAUCGCUUCCCAGGUUUAACAGUGGACUGCUUGGCACUGUCUUCAGGCAUCAUACCUACCACAGUUUGGGAGACAAUAGAAGAAAUGGGAAACCAACAAGUGAUCAGUCCCAACAAUGCACACCACCUGACAGUGCUUACCAGCAUCUCAGCAGAACUCAGGCUCAGAACAUACAUUGCAAAUGGUGGGCAGAAGGAAAACUUGUCAGCUUUGGCUUCAAUGGAAACAACAAUAUAUAGACAGGAUACAUCCGUACUGACCAACAAUGACACAAGUUCAUUAAUACCAGUUUUCCAUGUACCAAAUGACCAACAGCUUUUCAGGUUCUAUUAUACAGCAGUUCCUCUGAAAAGUGUUCUGCAGGAAUGGUCUGAAAAGAAGUCUGUUCUUAAUUCAUUCCCUGGUUUAUAUGACAAUUCCACAAAGGUACAAGGAGAGAUGUACACUGAGUUAUGCAAAUUUGAGCAGGCCAUCAGCUGCUAUCAUAAGGCCCUAAAGAAAGCUGAUGGCAAUGACACAGAAAAAAUGGACCUGCUGAAUAGUAUUGGAGUUGCUUAUCACAGGGUGGGUGAUUACAGGAAUGGAGUCAGUUACUUUGAACAGGCACUGCAAAUGAGGAGGAGAAUCUAUGGCGAGGGUACAGCACAUCCCAAAAUUGCUACCUCACUCAACAACCUGGGAUCAGCCUGGGGUCGCCUGAGUGAUUACAGCAAAGCAAUUGGCUACCAUGAACAGUCACUGCAGAUGUACAGGAGUAUCUAUGGUCAGGCUAAAGCACAUCCUGCCAUUGCCAGCUCACUCAACCAACUGGGGACAUCCUGGAGCCACCUGUGUGAUUACAGGAAAGCUAUCUACUACUUUAACCAGGCACUGCAGAUGAGUAGGAGUAUUUAUGCUCAAUAUACAGCACAUAAUCGCAUUGCCAUGUUACUCAACAAUCUGGGGUCAGCCUGGAAUGACCUGUGUGAGUACAAGAAAGCAAUCAGCUCCUAUGAACACGCACUGGAAAUGUUCAGGAAAAUCUAUGGUAAGAGUACAGCACAUCCUGACAUUGCUACCUCACUCAAUAACCUGGGGAGCGCCUGGCAUUCAUUUGGUGAUUACAGCAAAGCAAUCAGCUAUAAUGAACAGGCACUGCAGAUGUACAGGAGUAUCUAUGGCCAGACUAAAGCACAUCCUAGCGCUGCCACCUCACUCAACAACCUGGGGUCAGCUGCAGGUAAACUGGGUGAGUACAGGAAAGCAAUCAGCUACCAUGAACAGUCACUGCAGAUGAACAGGAGUAUCUAUGGUCAGACUACAGCACAUCCUGACAUUGCUAGAUCACUCAAUAACCUGGGAGGUGCCUGGGGACACCUGGGUGAUCACAGGAAAGCAAUCAGUUACUAUGAACUCACUGCCGAUGUACUGGAGUAUCUAUGGUCAGGGUACAGCACAUCAUGGCAUUGCCAUGUCACUCAACAAUCUAGGGGGUGCCUGGAAUAACUUGAAAGAUCACAGGAAAGCAAUCAGCUACUAUGAACAGGCAUUGCAGAUGCAAAGGAGAAUGUAUGGUAAGAGC